GUGGCCUGCCUCACCAAAAACACCUCAUUUAGCCUUCCACAUUGAUUUACUUCGCUGGUUAAAUGGUUUAUUGCUCGAGUGCCAUGUAUCCGUGAAGGGGUUUUGUGAAGCUUUAAAAGCUAGACAACCAAAGUUGUACAAGAUGUUGGUCACAAAAGAGGGAAAAGAAAUUUAUAAGAGUUUAAUGGCAGAAACAAUUCACCAAUUUCGUCAGUUUGUAUACCAAAUGGACUAUUUAACCAAUAAUUUUCCAGAUCUAGAUGAUGGUUGUACCUGUCCAGCUUGUUUUGAGACAGAAACCAGUAUCUUUUGUUUUGAUGCAGACUUUCAGUUGGUUCGGAAAUCUUCAUCUGGUAACCACUGGCUUGAACCAAAACACAAAGAUAAUUUUUUCGUUCAACAGGAAUUGGUAGAUGAUUUCAUAAAGAAAUAUGACACUCCAAAAAUAGAAAAGGAAUGUAGCGAUUUCCAAGCAGGAAAUGACUUAAGAUCCAAAGCAAAAAACAAGAAAUUGUCGGGAACAGCAGUGUUUGGAGCUACCUGUAGACACGAUUACCCUCAGAAGUUUUUUAGUUUAAAACAUGGUGAAAAACUGGGAUAUGCUGUUUUUCUGAUAGAACUGCUUUUAAGUGCAAACAAAGACAAACACCUGCACAUCUCGUAUGACAUUGCAUGUUUGUUAAAAAGACAUCUAGAGAAAGCAGGGCGAAACGACAUUUUAGAAAAAAUUACAUUUUCUAUACCAAUUUUCCACUGCUAUGGACACAGUAUUUCAUGUCAAAUUUUGUAUGGACCUAGGAGGACAGAAAAUCAUGGUCUUACAGACGGCGAAGGUAUCGAAAGGUUAUGGUCUUAUUUGGGUGGAUUUUCUUCUAUCACAAAAGAGAUGACGCCUGAAAAUAGAACAGACCUGUUGACAGAUGGCCUUAUUUACUUCGGUCAGAAAAUCAGAGAUAAACUAGGUUACACAUUGGUUAUGAAAUUCAAAAGAUCAAAGAAAAUUGAGGAAAACAGUGAUGUGGCCAUGAAGGAGAUUGUAUCAACUGUUCAUGACAAGGUUAUUGGAAAUGAUAAGAUUAUCCAAUGGAUUGAAGAGGAAAAGUCUUCAGUGCAACACACUCAAAACAAUGAUGCAACAAUUAAACUGAACAAGACAGAUGAAUAUAUUCUCAGUCUUCAAAGAUAUUACAGAAUUGGAUAUGAACAACUAGAUGACAAGUUCAAGGAAGAAAAAGAGAGACUAGAGAAAACCUUAUCAACAUUUGAAAAAAAGAACAAGACCUCUAGAUUGCAUCAAACUGACGAAAACUAUAAGAAGGAUGUAAAGAUUGUGAAAGAAAAACAAAAAAAAUUACAACUUGUAACCCUGAAGAAACAUGUUUCAGAGAGGCACUAUUUACUACGGUUAUUGCGCAAAUAUUCAAAAGGACAGGCUGUUUUCAUUAAACUGUCAAAACAGUUAAAGUGCAUAUCAAAAAAAAUUCACAAAUCCAUUGCAGCUUACAACAUGAUUGGGGAUUCCUCUGAAGGUUUACCAGAGCAGAUCACUUUUGAUACUGUCAAGGACAUUGACAGUGAAAUUUAUAAAUGCAUGGUAGAUUUGGAGGUUGUGUCAGAUAUCCCAAACACAAUAAAACAGGAAAUUAUUCAACUGAAAUGCCUCAUUGAUCGAGCCAUCGAAGAACAAACUUUGCUCAAGCAAGAAAUGAGGUCUGUCACUAAUUGGUACAAACAUCAGUACAAUAUUGUGAAAGUAAAACUAGGGGAACAUCCAACUGCAGGAGAAACUGCAUUCUUAAUAAAAGAAGGAAUGUACUAUGAAAUGGUUAUUAUAAGAUUAAACAGGCAGUUUUCAGAGUACAUUGGGGAAGUGUCUGUUGAAUCUCAGUUAACUGAUAGCAUAUUGACUGAUGAUCAUGAAAGGAUGCAACAAAUGUUGAAAGAAAUGGCUAUAUCAGUUGAGGACAUUGAAAGUGAUGAUGAGGAAGAGAGUAGUGAUGAAGAAGACAUGGAGGACCUCUAA